AUAAUCCUAAACAAGAGACCGACAUUUCCUCACAUUUGUUUAAUCUCAUAUUUGAUGCUAACCACAAAACACAACCCUUUUCACUCGGCAAUUCUCAAGCUCUUAAGAAAAAGUCAAAUCAUUUUGCAAAGACAAGAAACAAAAAUCAACAUUUCCCCGUUUUUAUUUUUCUCCUAACUUAGGACCCGAUAACACCUGAAUCUCUAAAUAUUUUCAUUCAUUAGAAAAACAAAAGAAAAAUAAUAAAACCGUUUACUCAAUCUGUUCAAGGUCCUGACUUUAUUUGAUUAUUACAUAAAUCCUUUUUUUUUUGUCAAUUCAUUUCUUUGAUCCUUCAAUGGAUUCUGAGUUCUGGACUUCACGUCUUGCCGCGGCUAAACGCCACUAUACCAUUCAACACAACCACCCAAGUUCCCAUUUAGAUCGGUUGGGAAUAGAUGAAUUUGAUGUUGAAGAGGAGGUGCGACCAGAUUUCCCUUGUCCUUAUUGUUAUGAAGACUUUGAUAUUGGGUCCUUGUGUUCUCAUCUUGAAGACGAGCAUUCAUGUGAAUCAAGAGUCACGAUUUGUCCUGUAUGUUCGGUUAAAGUUGCACGCGACAUGUUGAGCCACAUAACGCUGCAACAUGGGCACCUGUUUAAGAUACAGAGAAGGCGCAGGUUAAGAAGAGUUGCUAUGCCAAACAGUCAGACACUGUCUCUUUUGGGUCGAGAUCUCCGUGAAGCUCAUUUACAGGCGCUUCUUAAUGGCAGCGGUGGAUACCGGUCAUACAGUAACGCAGUAUCUAAUACAUCUGCUGAUCCAUUCCUAUCCUCUUUUAUUUUGAACUAUCCUGCAUGUGAAGCAGAAGAAAUCUCUAAAUCUGUGGUAACAAGUGCUGAAGAUUCUUCUACAAAGAAUACCACACCUGUACAACAACAUAUUUGGAAAUCAAGUUUUGAUCCUUCUCUGAGUAUCGAAGAGCGAGAGAAAAGGAUGAGACAAGCUGCCGGGAGGUCUAGUUUUGUGCAGGAUUUGUUUAUCUCAACCUUGUUAGGCGACUAGUAAUGGAAGCUGUAAGUUGGUUAGAAAGAAUAAUCAAAUAUGAGAUCCAAUCUUAAGGAUUUUGAUGAAGAAUGUCUCCAGUGGGAUAAGUGGUUUAUUUGGCAGUUGAUGUUAGCCUAAUUGUGAUAUUGUGGUAGCAGCACUUUCAACAUAUAUGUAGUAGUGCUGAAUCUGAUGAUAGUUACCAUUUGUUCCACCCAUGUAAGCAUAUCUUCACUAGAGAUGUAUUUUACUUUCUUAAAAAAAAAUUCUAUGGAAGACUUAUUAUAUUUUUAUAUUGGCAUCAUGUUAAACCUAGUCAUGACAUGAAAACACAAGGACACUUGUACUUUUCUA